UCAUACGUCAUGUUGACAUGCGGACUGACAUGUAUUGACAUCGCGUGUUACGAAAAAUAAAUUAUGCAAAUUAAUUCAUUAUCUUUGUAAUAAUACAAAAUUAGAGACACAGUGUUACUAAAAUAUUAAAGCUUUAGACCGCAGCGAAAUAAUAAUGGCGGAAAAAUACAUACUAACACUAGAUAUAGGAACUACUACGAUACGUUCUUUUAUAUAUAAUUCUAAAGCCGAAACUAUUGGAAGUGCUGUUGACCAGGUCAAAUUACACUAUCCAAGUCCGGGGUUUGUGGAAAUAGAUCCUGAGGAGCUAUGGAAAUCAGUUGUACAAGUUGUGUUAAUUUCAAUCAAAGAUGCGAAACUAUUGGCAGCACAAAUCACAGCAAUGGGCAUAUCAACACAGAGAAGCACAUUCAUUAAUUGGUCACGAGAGACGGGCAAACCAUUCCAUAGAUUCAUCACGUGGAAGGAUCUCAGAGCCGACAAACUAGUCAAUCAAUGGAAUGAAUCUUAUACUUGGAAGCUAUUCAAGGCCGGUGCAUACGUCUUGUAUUUAAUAAUGAGGAGUCAAAAGUUCCGAGCCGGAAGUGUCCUUAAAUUCAUGAACACACAGACUACACUAAGGCUAAGCUGGGCGUUACAAAACAUCGCGCCGCUGAAGGAAGCUGCGAAAAGGGAUGACGUCAUGUUCGGGACACUGGACACGUGGCUGUUGCACAAACUCACAGGAGGCAAAAUCCACGUUUCGGACGUCUCAUCAGCAUCAGCCACUGGUUUCUUCGACCCAUUCUGCAUGGAAUGGGGCGGUUGGGCGCUAUCCCUCUUCAAGAUACCGCGCAGUGUGCUACCCACCAUAGUGGACACGGCGGGCAAGCACUUCGGGACCACUACGCCUGAUAUAUGGGGACAUGCGAUACCUAUCAUAAGUUGUAUGGCCGACCAAACAGCAUCCAUGUGGGGUUCCUGCUGCUUCGAAGUCGGAGACGUGAAGCUCACCAUGGGCACGGGUACCUUCUUCAACAUAAACACGGGUUCGGUGCCCCACGCCAACGUGGCCGGUCUGUACCCCAUCGUGGGCUGGAGGCUGGGGGAUGAGCUGGUGUACUCUGCUGAGGGCUCCAACAACGAUACUGCCUCUAUUAUCAAGUGGGCACAGAACUUAGGUCUUUUUGACAACCCUCAGGACUCAGCAAGCAUUGCUGAAUCAGUUCCAGACACCGAUGGAGUCUACUUCAUUCCAGCAUUCAGUGGAUUAGGGGCGCCAUACAACGACGGCUCAGCAGCAUCGGGCUUCGUUGGCAUGAAGCCCUCAACAACUAAAGCGCACCUAGUGAGGGCAGUUUUGGAGUCCCUCGCGUUCCGGAUAGCGCAGCUGUAUUACUGCGUGCGCGAGGAGAACAACUACCAGUUUAACAUUAUCAGAGUGGACGGCGGCGUCUCCAACAACGAUUUCAUCGCGCAACUAGUGGCGGACCUGACCGGGCUCCGUGUAGAGCGGCCCGUGCACACAGAGAUGUCCUCACUCGGCUGCGCUCAUGUCGUAGGCUUGCAACUAGGUAUAUGGAAAUCCAAAGCGGAGCUAAAAUCAAUGCGCAAAGUCGCCUGCGUAUUCAACCCACGGGCUCACGUCAAAAAAGCAUACAACGUCACAUUCACCCGCUGGGAGGACGCCGUGAAACGCAUGUGCGGUUGGUACACAGCUAACAAGUCUCAACAGAGUCUCUCUACAGUCUCAGACUCCAGUAGUAGUUCAGUAACCCCACAAAACAGCUUCAAGGUACCUUCGAGAAGAAACGGUAAGUACACAUAGCGGUGGCUUUUCUACUUGCUGGCGCUGCUCGUCGCGUGCCUGCCUAUAAUUAGGUGAUAUAUAUCUUGCCCUGAUGUUUUUAGAUUGAUUCGUGAAGAUACACUCAACAGUGAUAACCCUAUUACUUUAUAGGAAAAGCAUUCCACUAAAUCCUGGCGUUGCCUCGUAAAAACGUGUAAUAUCUGAAGAUUUAUAGGAAUAGGAGUGUCUCUUUCUGUGACAAUGAAUGAUAUACGAUAAAGAAAUAUGCUCAGAAAAUAAUCAUCGACUUAUAACGCUGAAAAAAAUUAAUGUACGUAAUAAAACGCACGGGGCAACACGUGGAAUGGCUUCAUAGGUAGUUUUUUUAAGAUGUGCGUAUUUUGUUUAUAAAUUAUAAAAUUCGGAUAGAGUAAAAAAAUCUGACUAUACCUACUAGUUUUUUAGGUGUACCGUAGUGUGCAGUGUAAGCUUACAUAAAAAGGGUCAUGCCGGAUUUCGCUGUUUUUAUACGUAGCUUAUAAGUGUUUGGAGGUUAUAAUAUAAGAAUAAUACAGGCAAUUAUCAGCAGCAGUGCCAUUUAAUCACGUAUCUAAGUUUUUUGUUAAUUAAGCCUAUUGAUUUAAAAUUGUAGCGAUGGUUGGAGGCCGUCUUUAAUAUGAUAAUUAAUAUCAAACGUUUAAGUGUCGUCUGAAAAUUCACAGAUUAAGUAAAAGACAUUACCUAUAUGUAAUGUAAGUUAGCCUAAACUUAAAUGAAAAUGCCCAUGUAUGUAUAAUUAUGAAUGACUGAAUGUUCGCUGUUCUCAAGUUGCCCACUAUUAUUGUAAAUAUUAGGAAAUUUAAUGGAUAAAUAAUCUUCACAAAAACUAGGUUGUAUUGACCUAGAUUUUAACUCUAAAAAUGCAGCUAAACAUAUGUCACUGAUUGAGAAAUGGGAGUUGAUUGUGUGUUAGUGCAUUAAACGAUCCCAUUUAUCUAAGAACAGAUUUACCUAUUUCCGUAAAGUAAAUAAAUAAAAAUAUACCGGCGAUGCUUCUAAAGGGGUCCACAGAUUACCAGUUCGCCGGACGAUAUCAGCCUGUCAGUUAAACGCAAUAGGCAGCUGACAGCUCCGAACAACUGACAGGCUGAUAUCGUCCGGCGGACUGGUAAUCUGUGGGCCCCUUUAGAUAGAUUUCAACUCACUGAGGGCGCUCCACAAUUUUUGUUUUCCUUUUUUUAAGCGUUUAGAUAUGGAAGUACAAAUAGGGAUCGAAAGAGUUUCUCUACGGGUUUAUUAUUCUUGCCAUAGGCUGUGCAAUUUACCAGUUAGGGCUUACUGCCAUACUAAUAAAUAAAAAUAAUAAUACUUACUGUGACAAUGCAGCUAGCUUGCUCACUUAGCCAAAACAUGACAGAGGCAUUUAAUAACUAGAAUGUUUAUUUACAAUAUUUAACGAACUCUAAUACCCCAUAGAAAUUAAACUUUCGUGAGACAUAUUUUAAACUGUUUAGACGACAACGGUUUCACUCACUUGAAUUUUUAG